GAAACAACUCCUGCAGAAACAACUCCCGCAGAAACAACUCUCAAAGAAACAACUCCUGCAGAAACAACUCUCUUGGAAACGACUCCUGCUGAAACAACUCUCAAAGAAACAACUCCUGCAGAAACAACUCUCAUAGAAACAAGUACUGCAGAAACAAUAACCACAGAAGUUGGAGGAAGUGCUGGUGGUAUCCCAACAGAAGUGGAUCCGUGUGCGAAUACUUCCAUCUAUGAUUCUGAGGGUCACUAUAGCAAUAGGUGGGAUUUCAAACCUCCUGGAAAUUGUGACCAAUAUAUACCGUCAGGCUGGUGGAGGUUCAGACAUAAUGAAGAAGAUGCAAUUAUUCCAACCUCUUGUAUAAAGCAAGGAUACUGUGGCACAGGACGUCCUAUGGUUGUUGAUCUUGGAGGAGUCGAUAUGCCUGAAGCGGGAGUCACAAUUGAAGCUCAUACUUGUACAAUUGAUGUAUUCGUUGGAGUAGUGAGAUGCUGUGGGGUGUCAAAGACCCCUAUUAGGAUCAAGAAUUGUGGAGAUUUUUAUGCAUAUGAAUUGAAGAAUACAGAGGAUUUUACAUGCCCCACUGCAUUCUGUCUUCAAUUGGAGAAUGAAACUUUACCAUGGGAAGCACUUGGCAACCCUCCACCAACCACUACAGAAGCACCCACAACUCAACCACCAACCACAGAAGCAACUACAACAGAACCUACAACAACACAAUCUAUGACUACAGCAGCUAUCACUACGACUACAACUGAAGCUUUAACUACAACGGAAGCUUCAACUACAGAAUUCUCGAGAGGGACCACUGUCAACAAGGAGAAUGCUACAGAGGAAGACAUUUCAGUUGUAAACUGUACAAGUGUUGGGCCUAUGCUAGUCUACUGUAACAUUAGAGGGACUUGGAAAAGGGCUUCCUUAGACUGUAAAGGGAUUGGCCUGUAUGAACUCAGCAGUGAGCUGAGAUGUUUAUCUGUAGAGGCUUAUGAUGCCAUGAGGGCACAAGAAAAUGAUACUUUUACAUCAGUUAGUCCAAUAUCGGAUCUUACGCAGUCUUUUACUUCUACUGCCAAAGAUGACUUUGAUCUCACCACCAUUGAUGGAAAACAACACAAAAUUACCCAAACUGCCAAAACCCCAGGAGUUACUGUUCAUACUAAAAGCCCCCCAGGUACAACAUCAGCUACUACACCAGAAGUUGAUGAUGUUCAAAAUAAGUAUCUUGGUAUUCCAUACAGACUACGAGAAGAUAUGAGAGAAGAAGAGGUGGAAAAUACAAUAACAGUCUACUUCAAUAACUCACAACAAGACUUUGACAUCAAAGAUUUUGAUGAGAACUUCAGGUAUCACUUUAUGCGACUGUUCAACAUGUUCUUAGAAGACCCUUCACAGUUCCCAACUGAAGACUUUGUUGAUAACCGCCGACGCCGCAAGAGACAAACAGACCUUGAAACCACCAUUGAAGCAGUUGCAACAACUGUUGAAACCACUGCCGAAAAUGCUCAAACAACUGCUGCAGAAGCUGCCACUACUGUUGAAGAAGUUGUAACCACUGUUGCAGCAAUUGAAGCGACUGUUGAAGCAAUUCAAACAACUGAUGAAGCAGUUCAAACAACAGUUGAAGCAGUUCAAACCACUGCUGAAAUAGUUCAAACAACUGCUGAAACAGUUCAGACCACUGUUGCUGAGGAUGACACCACUGUUGCAGCAGGUGAAACCACUGUUGAAGCAGUUGAAACAACCACUGAAGUAGCUGAAACAACAGUUGAAACAGUUCAAACAACAAUUGAAGCAGCUCAAACAACUGCUGAAACUGUUCAAACCACCGUCACAGAGGUUGGGACCACUGUUGCAGUAGGUGAAACCACUGCUGAGGUAGUUGAAACUGUUGAACCAACUGAAACAACAGUUGAAGCAACUCAAACAACAGUUGAAAAAGUGCAAACUGUUCAAACCACUGUCGAAGAGGCAACAACAUUGAAUGAAGCACCAGUAGUAACAUUAAUUCCAAAUACAUAUACCAACCUCACUGAAGAGGCCCUAAUCUAUGUUGCUCCCACACCUAGGGAAACUGAAACAGGGGAUAUUGAAGUGGCCUUUUUCAUCUUAAACUCAACUGAUGAAGAAAGAGAAGAUGGAGGAAAAUACAAGAGAUCAUCUGAAGAGAGUGAUGUGGUAGAUAAGGAUCACAUAAACACAGCAUUAGCAAAUGGCAACUUCAGGAAACAACUGGAUGAUGCAUUGAAACGCAAUGUAAUCUCGUGGAAACAAGGGCCACCAGGUGGAGCCAUCGUAAUAGCAGAGCAGCGCCAGAAUGUGUUUGAUGCUCAUUAUGGACUUUGGAUCACUCUGUUUGUUCUCGCUGGUAUAUGUGUGAUUGUGAUCAUCAUAGCACUUAUUUGUAUCCUAUGCAAAGGCAAGAGAGGCAAAUGGACCCCAGAUGAUAAGGAGCAUAUGAAGCUUGAGCAAGGCCAUGGUGAUGUAGAGAACCCUAUCUCAGAUGAGGAGAUCAUGAGAGAUGAGGCAGGUAUGAUGGAGAAAUCACCUCCAGUGAAUGGGCAUCACAAGCCGCAGGAUGAGGACAAUGGAUGGGUUGUACCCAUAGAACAAUUUACUGAACAGGAGCGAGCGCAAGCUGAGGUGGAAGAUACUAAAUUGUAAACAAAAUAGAGAUUAGCCAAUCAGGUACCUAGUCUGGAUUUCCUGGACUUGGUUGAUUUUAUAAAUGUUAAUUACAGAUUUUUAAUGAAAUUUCGGAAAAUGUUGAUGAGCUAAUCAGGUACAUUAAGUCUCAGUUCGGCUAAACGAAUCAGGUGACUGGAUUAUUAAUCAA